AUGGCGUUCAACAAUUGGGAUAAGUUGCGUAAAGCUCAACGCGACUACCCCAAACCAAAUAAGAUCGCAGAAGUGUUCGUACGAAAGGCACUCAAGAAGAGUCCCAAAAACCCUUUCCUGUUGGCUUGGGAAGCUAACCUGUCGCUUCAUCUGAACCACGACGCCGAGACUGCAAUUCGUCAAGUGCAGCAGGCAUGGGAGCAGCCCGGGUCCAACGAUGUUCGACUCUUAUCGUACCUGUACGAGGUGUUGGCAGAAGCAACCCGAAAAAGCCACCGUGUCCUUGAGAUCAGCAGCGUGGGUGAUGCGAAUUCAAAGAAGUGGCAGAGCGCUGCGAAAACCUUAACACGCAAACAAGACCGGGAAGACUUUUGGUCCGCGCUAGGCAAAGUUGCGUCGCGUGAGAGGUGCUGGGAAGACUUCCGACUCGCUGUCGUUCAAUACAACAAGGAGAUCAAAGAGGGCACCACAUCACCAUCUGCAAAGAAACAGGCUCACUACACACAAAUAAUCGCCCUUCAACAAGCAGCAUCUCAGCAGUCACGUAUCGAAGGCGGCGAGCAGAAAUGCAAAAUUUAUGCCGAUUUGGCACGUGGGCUGCUAAAGCAAGCAUAUCAGGCACCACAGGUUAAUCCCCUAGCGUUUAAGGAUAUACGGGAUCUACGUUUUAUGGGCGAAGUUCAUUGCAAGCAAAACCGAUGCAACGAGCUUGUAGAGCUCUGGGACCAUCCACCUGAUGACUUGCAACCCCUCAUGGCAACCCAUCAAGACGACUUGUGGCGUAUGAAGAUCAAGCUUGCGCAUGAGGAAUCGAAUUGGAAACUAGUCGAGAGACUGUGUCUGGCCUAUAUCGAGCUCGCGAUAUCGAAAUUGGUUCAAGACCCACAGUCCAAGUCCUUUUGGGAACUGUGUGCCUGGAAGUUCGAUACAUGGAUACUUUUGUUACGUGCACUGGCAGAAAACCAUGACGCUGUAGAGGGCCGGCAUAUUUUAUCUGGCAUUCGGGAUCGUGCUUUUGGAGAACAAUUUCCGACCCAAGAUCGCUCCUUAAUGCUCGCAUAUAUGUGGCUCUGCGGAAUGUCAAAUAACCCGAUGCUGGAGCAUCUCAAGAUCUACUGGGAACAGCAUUCGAAUCGCAUAGUCUGUUUCCCGGACAUAAAACCUUUUGUCAAAGUCAUGAGAGUGGAGGAGUACUCAGAACUCUUGGAUUUUGUCCGGGAGAAAUCAGCAAUGGAUUAUGCCCCCAAGACUCAGGACUUGCACAUCAUCGAGCAGAACACCCUGAAGAUGUUUUACUACACGCAUUGCUCCAUUACCCAUCCCCCGCCUGUAGGACUGAUACAUUGGAGGCAAGGUAAUAUGGAGAUCGUUUUCCGUCGGGCAGUCACGAGCCCCUGGUCAACAGAGUCCAAUUCGUCCAUAGGCUUCAUCGCGAUUUAUUGCCUCCUCCAGCUGCACCGCGACGCCAUGUGUAACAAGGAACCUCAGCAUCCUUUACAGACAACGCGAAACUCCCGACUUUUAUUACAAGCUGCCAUGCUCGCGCGUCACUUAGUCGCUUGCCACAAGGAAAAGCAGGAUAGAACACUAUCACUACUUGCCGCUCGGCUGCACCUCAACCUUGGUCUAGGAAAAUGUGCUUUCCAGCUAUACAGAUUCACAAAGUCCAAGGAAAUGUUGUUAUACAACUUGUCAGUAUACGUUCUAUCGCGGAUUUCUCUUGCGCAUCCAUUUGGUGCCGACGGUCGCGGAGGCUUUUCUGCAGAGGAAGAGCUCGAAAAUGUCAUAGACUCCAUGAACAGGAUGGAGAACAAGGUCCAAGACACUAUGAUUCCAGACCUGCAAUCGAUCACAUGGGACAAGACUAUUGGCUUGCUCAGACUAAAGGAGAAGUUCAGAACGAGCUUAUCCAAACUCACAUGUAUUACGGAGCGCCGGCGCGUAGCGCGAUUGAAGGGCGAAUCUGUGGAUAACCUACCAGUUUUGGACUGGACAAACUACCGAAGCGUCAAUGACGAUAUAGACAGGAAUGUCUUUCCCCACUACGACCAAGAUGCCAAAGGGCCACUCUCAUAUGUUAUGCCCAACAGGUUGCCCAAUGCAUCUUGGAUGCUCAGCAAUCAUAAUAACAUCGAAGCAUGUACCAGAGUGCUAUGCAAAGAGACGCAGAGGCUCGACUAUAUUCGCGCAACAGACGGUGUGGUCGGAAGCAAUGAGUUCGACACACCAGCCGAGUCGAGAGCAAAAAUCAUGUGGGCCUUGAUCAACGACAUUGUUAAGAUCAUGACGUGGGAGAAAGAUUACCUCGACACGCUCACCAGACCCAUCAAAAAGUUGCCCCAAGAGCUCCAUGCGAUGCGUGUAGCGAUGGAAAAACUACGCAUGCCUGGCUCCACCACUUUGAAACUCGAAGACGAGCCUGCCAUGUUCCACGAGAACAUGCUGAUUUCUUGUUACACAAAGUUUGAGGUUCUCCGCGCGCUCAACAAGAUGAUCGAGCACAUGCGGGAGAAGGUCAUCAACCCGAAGAGCACUCAUUUCAUGAAGGCUACGCUGCCGAAGAACUGGGUACCCGAAGUUGAAACUGAGAUGAAGAUCUGCUAUGAAGCAAUACGUGAUUUAGCACGUAGCUAUAUCUUUCUGAUCAAGGAGAAGGGCGAGGCAGCGAUCAAGGCACAGAUACGGUGGGGCAUCACAGGACAAGUCCUCAGGAAUAUGUUGACUGAUGCUGAUGUGGCUUUGUAUGCACGCGAGUAUGUCGAUAGUGCAUUGCAGGCUUGGGAGGGAGUACUCAAGGUCAAACUUAAGUAG